AUGAGGGCAACAGUGACAGACUCGGAAAGAGAGGGACUGCGGUCAACGGUCAACCCAGUCGAGGGGCUGAAGCGAGACAAGGGUGUGUCGUUCUGCGACAGAUCUGAGACAGCUUCUGCCCCUGCUCAACCCCUGGCACAGCCCCCGCGUCCCCGGUGGACUUGCAGUAGCCUGGACCCAAAUGCAGCGAGUCACGACCACGAGUCAGCGGCGAUGGGUGGGAUUCCGACACGCUGUACAAGAUAG